AUGCUCGCAGUGUGCGAGCGAGCACACGGGCACCGGGAGCCCCGCCACAAUGCCACCGCGCUGGCCCCCGGCCACACCAGGGAGGGAGGAAAGAUGCCAGCUUCUCUAAGGAAACUGCAGCAAAUGGCUGUUUUCGUGGGACUGUUCAGCAGCGGGGGAUGUAUCUUGAUGUAUAAUCUUAUGCAAAAAAGUUUUGCCAGGACCCAGUACUACCAGCAAGCUUUGGAGCAACUGAACCACAAUCCUGAUGCCCUGGAAGCCCUGGGUGCCCCCCCUCUUAAGGUUCACAACAUCCACCUGACAGAUGGGAGCAAUCGUGUGGACACACAAAGAGCGCGGAUAAAGUUACCAGUCUCUGGAACAAAAUCAGCAGGCUACCUCUACAUUAACUCGGAGAUGGACCACUCCCGUCAGUGCUGGUGCCUUCAGGAUGUCACCUUGAAACUGCAGGAUGGUCAGAAUAUUUCCAUUUACCACUCUCCGGUGGAAAGCACUGUUGUGCAAGAAGGCUAAAAAUCAGGGACAGCUGCAUCUCCGCCUCCCACUGAGCCAAAGGAGCCAUUAAUUGAUUGCAUCCUGCUGUGUCUGUGAAUGUACGCAGUUGUCACAAGUGACAGUUUCACUUAAGUGGGUGCUCUCAAGACAAUUUUUUCUCUAAGAUUGACCUCAUCAUUGUUGUAAUUGUAAUUUCUCUCU